UCUAUGAUGUUUCCUCCCAAUACUUCAGAGGUUGAAAUUACCACAUUUCAGUUGAUUGGGAUUCCAGGGCUUGAGCAUAUGCAUGUUUGGAUCUCAAUUCCUAUCUGCUUCAUGUACAUUAUGGCCAUCCUGGGAAACUGCACCAUCCUCUCGGUCAUCAGAACAGAUACUUCCCUACAUGAGCCCAUGUAUGCCUUCCUCUCCAUGCUGGCCCUGUCUGACCUGGGCUUGUCUUUCUCCUCUGUCCCUACUAUGCUAAGAAUCUUCUUGUUCAAUGCUAUGGGAAUUUCUGCUGAUGCAUGUAUUGCCAAGGAAUUCUUCAUCCAUGGAUUCACAGAUAUGGAGUCUUCAGUGCUCCUGGUCAUUUCCUUUGAUUGCUUUGUUGUCAUCUGCCAUCCCCUGAGAUACAGCUCUAUCCUCACCAACUACAGAGUUUUACAAAUUGGGCUAGCACUUGUCAUUAAAAGCAUUCUUCUAGUUCUUCCCCUUCCUUUUAUAUUAAAGAGGCUGAGAUACUGUAAUAUGUGCUUAUUAUCAUACUCCUAUUGCCUCCACCAGGAUAUCAUGAAGCUGACCUGCUCGGAUAAUAAGGUCUAUUUUUACUAUGGGCUGUUUGUUGCACUCUGUGUGAUGUCAGACAGUGUGUUCAUUGCCGUCUCCUAUGUGUUCAUACUGAAAACAGUGCUUGGCAUUGCAUCUCAAGGGGAGCGGCUCAAAGCUUUUAAUAUCUGUGUGUCUCAUAUCUUUGCUGUGCUAAUCUUCUAUGUGCCCAUCAUCACCUUGGCCACUAUGCAUCGUUUUGCUAAGCAUAAGUCUCCUUUAGCUAUGAUUCUGAUAGCAGAUGCUUUCUUGCUGGUACCGCCAUUGAUGAAUCCAAUUGUAUACUGUGUGCAAACUUGGCAGAUUAGAGUAAAAGUCCUAGAGAAGCUGGAUCUGAAGUCUAAGUGA